AUGGAAGCUAAGGAAGUACCCGACGAGAAAGAAGAAGAGGAGAUUGAGGUGGAAUCGCCUCUUAUACAAUCUGAGGUUCAACCCGAGGCAAUUGUUUCCCACACGCCGAAAGAGGUUAAAAUUCCUUUUCCUCAAGUGGUGCAAAAGAAGAAGUUGGAUGAGAAGCUUGUUAAGUUCCUUGAGAUUUUCAAGAGAGUGCACCUCAAUAUUCCUCUUAUUGAGGCUCUCCAACAAAUGCCCGGCUACCUCAAGUUUUUGAAAGAGAUUGUGUCCAAGAAGAAGAGGUUGGUUGAUUAUGAAACCGUAAACUUGACCGAGAAUUGUAGUGCAAUCAUCCAAGAAAAGAUGCCGGCAAAGAUGAAAGAUCCGGGGAGCUUUAACAUUUCUUGUGAGAUCGGGAAUGAUAGGCAAACUAAGGCCUUGUGUGACUUAGGGGCAAGCAUAAAUCUCAUGCCUUUAAGCUUCUUCCGAAAGUUGAAAUUUGGUGUCUUGAAGCCAACUACAUUUACCCUUCAAAUGACGGAUAAAUCCAUCAAAUACCCGAAUGGACUCCUUGAGAAUGUAUUAGUAAGGGUAAAUGAUUUUAUCUUCCCCGUGGAUUUUGUUGUUUUGGACAUGAAGGAGGAUCCAAAUGUCCCUCUCAUCUUUGGAAGACCAUUCCUAGCAACUGGAAAAGCUCUAAUUGACGUCACUAAGGGAGAACUCACCCUUAGGCAUGGAAACAAGACGGUCAUUCUCUCCUUGUUGGACAACAUGAAACGUCAUGAAGUGGAAGAGUCCAAGAGAGUGAAAGAGGUGCCCUUAAAAGUUGAAGAGUGCAAUAUGAUACAAGCGGCACAUGUGAGGGCUAGGGAUGAUGAGGUUGAGAAUCCUUUGGAGGAAAUAUUUAUGCCUGAAUGGAUGUUUAAAGAUGAACAUGGAUUGGGGGGUAAAAAGAUGAAGGUUGCCAAAGUGGAAAUUGGAAUACCUAAAGAAGGUGUUGUUGGGGCCGAUGUGAAGCCCACUUGGUGGAAGAAGCGUCUACACAAGCUCUACUUGGCCGCUAAAGUGAAGAAGGGUCCCGAUGACAUUAUCCGAGUGAGAUUGGAUCAUUAAGUGAAAGCUUGAAAUCCGUCGGGCAAACGACGUUAAACAGUUGCGCUAUGGGGGAGGCAACCCCUAGUAGGUAAAUUUUUGAUUUUUGUGUGUUUUGGUGUGUUUUUGUUUUGUUCUCGUUUUGGUGUGUUUUUGUGUUUUCUUUGUGUUUUGAGUGGAACAGGGAAAUAGGCUUUGAUGGGUGAAAAACGACAUCAAUGCUCGUGGCCAGUGGCGCCUCUUCCUCGGCAGUGAAGGUGAAAAUGACUUGAAAACAAGCUUGAAGGAAGAAUCGCCUGACAGGGCGCACUUCAAUGCGCGACCUUCGUAUAAUAGCCAUAACUCUCUCAUCCGGACUCCGAUGGGGGCGUGCAAGAUACUCACGCGAAGCCCUUUCGAAGACGAAGACAAUGCUUUUGGAGGAUUCCAGAGAAAACGCCCGACCGGGCAUUUU